AUGAUAACUAAUUUAUUUUCAAUUUUUGACCCAUCAACUAAUUUAUUUAAUAUUCCAUUAAAUUGAAUAAGAACAUUACUAGGAUUAAUAUUCAUUCCCUAUUCAUUUUGAUUAAUUCCUAAUCGUCACUUUAUAAUUUGAAAUUUUAUUUUAAACAAAUUACAUAAUGAAUUUAAAACUUUAUUAAGUAAAAAUAAUUUUAACGGAUCAACAUUUAUUUUUAUCUCAUUAUUUACAUUCAUUUUAUUCAACAAUUUUUUAGGUUUAUUCCCAUAUAUUUUUACAAGCACAAGUCACUUAACUCUUUCAUUAUCCCUUUCUCUUCCUUUAUGAUUAAGAUUUAUAUUAUACGGAUGAAUUAAUAAUUCAACUCAUAUAUUCGCACAUAUAAUUCCUCAAGGAACCCCUAAUAUUUUAAUACCAUUUAUAGUAUUAAUUGAAACAAUUAGUAAUAUUAUCCGACCAGGAACUUUAGCUGUUCGUUUAACAGCUAACAUAAUUGCAGGACAUUUAUUAAUAACAUUAUUAAGAGGAACAAGAUCUAAUAUCCCAUCAUUUUUAAUUAUUUUUCUAUUAUCUAUUCAAAUUUUAUUAUUAAUUUUAGAAUCAGCAGUCGCAAUCAUUCAAUCUUAUGUUAUUGCUAUUUUAAGAACACUAUAUUCUAGAGAAGUAAAUUAA